AUGAAGUUCAGCAUCCUCGCUCUCUCGGCCUUGCUGGCUAUCGCCGCUGCCGCAGACACUACGACCGCGAACCCUUCAACCAUUACUUCUACUCCCGAGGUUGAGUGCGCAAAGAGCUGCGAAGCCACGGAUAUCUGCUGCACAGCCAAGUGCUACCAUGUGCCCUGUCCAAGCGAGAGCCAGGUAAACGACACCAACAAGUGUGUUGCUGCCUGCCCUCAGGGCACUGGCUCUCCUGCCGAUGCCCAGAAGUACGCCGAGUGUGAGCAAUCCUGCUACAACUCGCACUUCUGGGGCGGCAAUGGCAGCGGUGCAACUGCAACCUACUCUUCCACCACCUCCAGUACCGGCAGCACUGCCACGCAGACUAGCUCUGACUCGUCGAGCACCGAUUCUCAGUCUUCGGGCAACAAUGACAGCAAUAACAACAACGACAACAAUCAUUCUUCCUCCUCAGCGACUGCUACCAGCUCCUCGGGCUUCUCGCAACAAACCACCAACGCCGCUGCUAAUGUCAAACUCGGUGCCUCUGCUGCUGGUCUCUUCGGCCUGGUUGUUGCUGCCUUUGCUCUGUGA